GUACCCUUCAAAUGACGUCACGUCCCGCUAACCCGAUACGCACUGAGUUUCUAGCACGAGAGGGUCGCGCAUCAAUGCGGUAAAAAAACUAUUGUAGUGAACUCUCAAGACAGGAGGAGUUUCUUUCUACACACACUGCUGCUUUUUUUUACAACGAACCGGGAGACAGUUUAUUGAAAGGUGAACCAAAGAUGAAUUUUGAGCAGCCCCCUCCAUACCCAGGCAAUGGCCCCAGUGCUCCAGGCUACCCAGCGCAGGGCCCACCUCCACAAGGCUUCCCACCCCAGGGUUAUCCGCAGGGAUACCCCGUGAACAUGGAGCAGCCUAAUCCUGCUUACCCCAACUACCCUGCUGGACCAAUGGGCCCUGGAGGUCCUUAUCCUGGCCCAGGACAGCCUCCUUAUGGGUACCCUGGACAACCACAACCACAGUUUGGCUGGCAGGGGGGACCCCCUCCUGGGCCUAUGUACGGGGAAGCUCCCAAAAACACAGUGUACGUGGUGGAGGACAGGAGAAGAGACGACACAGGAGACACUUGCCUGACAGCCUGCUGGACAGCUCUUUGUUGCUGCUGUCUCUGGGACAUGCUGACAUAACUACUCCCCAACUGUUCACCCCUCUUGUCCCCCAUAUCUGUGCCUCAGCCCCAUCACCCUUUCCCCCCCCCCCCCUCAUCUGCCUUAAACCUUAUGCUCCCUUAAAACCACCCCUCCACUUCCUCUACAAUUCUUUUGCUCGUCUAUAAAUAAAAGCCUGGAUCCCCUAGUCUCUGUCCAGAGCCACUUAACACUACCUUGAUGUGAAGUCCUCAGCACUGACUGACUGACCCUGUACGGGGGGGCUACCCUGUAGCAGCUUGUAACCAAGCUUCUAAACAUAACCUGAAUUUCAGGCUCUUUGCUGUAAUCUAACACCAACACACACACACACACACCAACACACACACACACACACACACACACACACACACACACACACACACACACACAGAGCACACACAGAGCACACUAAGAUCUCAGGCUCAUCUAGUGUUAGGCUUUUUGGCACUUUAUGACGAUUACCUCUGUAAGAUACUACUACUACUCCUGCCUGCCCUGUCAACCAUCUCCAACCCCCCCUCCCAUUUAGCCAUGCUACUUCCCAAUCGCCAAGGGCAACCCCUUAUCCUGGACCCCCCAAAAGCCACCAAGCCCCCGGCUGUUAAUGAGCCACAGGGCGCUCUUAAGAAGCUGAUGCUUGAAAUGUAUCCCUUUCAUUUGCACAGAAGCGGUUUUUACUGACAUAUGUCUUCAGAUGGAAUCAUAUGACAAUAAGUGGAAUGCAUUUUUAAAGACGACAGUGAUUUAUGUUUGAUUCUUGUAAACAAUCGAUGACCACAAGGUUUUUUUUUUUCAUGGUGAUCUUGAUAGUAUACAAUAUUAAAAUAUUAUUUUUAUUACAUACCUUGGAGAUAAAACUGAAAAUGUAUAGAUAUAAAAAAACGUUGUGAUUGCGUAACACAAGAAACCAAAUGACCUGUCAGAUGCCUUUUUUUUGCUUUGGAUGAGAAACUUACAUUAAAACAAUUUAUUCCCAUGAAA